UUGGCUGGGAAAUAUCGUGGCAAACGGUGGAUUGGAAGUGGUCAUACACUCAUCGCUGCACAGCAGAGACAAGGUAUGAAGCCCACCCUAUCAUCGUCUUUCCAGUCAUCAACAGCCCGCGCGGACUCGCCCGCGGACGUGUACACCCCUGUCAACAACCAGUGUCCGCAUGUGCCAAAAUAUUCCAGAUAUUUGAGCGCCAUGAUCGUAAUGCGUAAUAGUUGGUUUGACGUUGUUCCAAGAAAUGUUGCUGACUGA